AUGGGACUAACUGUGAUAUUAUAUAGUGAACCUCCUAGCCCAUUACGUGCCCGUGGGUUUAUAGGAAGUAAGGAAGACAUCCAAGCUGCCAGUGCUCACCUCUUCUGUGAUGCUGCAGCAAGACUUCAACAGCAAAAUCUUGACAAGACUGACGGCAAUCGUUUACCAAUCCCAAACUCGGCUCCACGGAAUUAUACUCCUGCUGAGCCGCUGAGAGAGCGUGGCCUUAACGAAGGAAAUCCCGAAUUAGCAUCAUACUUGCAAUCGGAAAACUACGAGUCUUUCUCUUCUCAGAACAAAUCAAGUGACACUCGUUACAUUAGCUCAUUUGAAACAUAUCAUUCGAACGAGUCGCACUCGACCUUAGCCUCAAGCGAGGAGCUUGACCCUGACCUUCAUCCACCUUCACCUUCUGUUGGGUUCUCAAAGCCAGUUGUUUCCAUCGAGAACGCAGCGCAUGCGCAUCACCAGCUUAAUCCAGUAGUUGAAUCACAAACAACCAGGGAAGCCUACGAAGAACCCCCGAGGUCUAAGGAAUCCCAACCUCCUCCAGCCGACAAGUUAAACCCUUACCUCCGUCCCCAUCCGAUCAGGCGUGCCUACACCACAGAUGAUUACAAUUAUCACUACUACGAGGAUCGUUCUGUAAAACCUUCUGAAUAUAAACAAUAUCCACGGCCCAAACGUCUCUAUACUCGUGGCAAAUUUCAAGCGAGAACUAGAGAGCUCCUGAAACACGACACCACACCCGGAGGUUUCAACGAUUUUGACCCUGAUUUUUCGAGCCGUAAGACCACACCGGCGCUUGCUCUCAAACCAGCCCGGUCAUUCCAGGAUCCACGCUCUCUUACAGAUCCAUUACCGAAGUCGAAGCACGAUUUCGAACACGAUAGCCGGCAGCGUUCAGCUACGGUUCCCAAGAGAUCUCGGCCCCCUCAGAAGUACGAACUCCGGACAGACUCAUUUCCUCAACCACAUCAUUUCUCAACCCUCAACCCCAAAUCUCAGUAUAACCCCUUGAACUUCAUUCCAGGUGGGGUUAACUCGUCGGGCUAUCUUUAUCUACCAACCCCUGGAAGCCACCCGGUUGCUCGACCCGAGCCGGACCAAGCCCCACCCCUUAAAGCCGAACCACGGGUUUUCCAUGCCCAAGGCGACUUCGGCUUUCCUUUAAAUAGGCCUUAUUCUCCUGAGCUUUCUCCCGAAUCGUGCCCAGUUCUUCCACGGCCUGUCUUCCACCUAGAGCUCCCUCCUACACAAAACCGGAAUCGCAAGAAAAGCGGAGCUCGGAGGCUUACUUCAUCUCUCAAGAAGCUCUUCUCACGCAAAACAAAGUCAGAACCAGAGAAUACUACUUCUGCUUCUUCCAGUCAGACCAACGCAAACCCUACACCAGCUCCAAAGGCCCGGGAAAGGUUAAAUUGCCCUGCUCCAGCGCGUUGUGUACGAUUUGAAGAACCGCUGAGGGAAGCUGAUUCUAACCAGAUUGCACAAUUAGAGGAACAACUUAAGGAAGUUGAUUCGGUGCAAGCUGAACGUUUCGAAGAACAGUUAAGGAAACCUUUCAUCACAGUAACUGUUGACCCACCACCUGAAGACGAUAGUCCACCUCAGCGAGAUACGCCCGUCAUGUUUUCUGCGGGGCAUCUCGACCCGUCAUCAGCCAUGAUGGCUGUCACAAAGCAGAAAUCUGAGGCUAUGCGACUUGCUCGAGAACAAGGAUUUGCUGUCCGAGAAAUGUGCCGGAGGGCCAAAACAGACAUUCCUCCAUACACAUUUGAGGAAUUGAUCGGAAAGGGUUCAUAUGGUCGUGUGUACAAAGGACACCAUCUUCCAUCAAAUUCUGUGGUCGCCAUUAAGGUCAUGGAUAUAGAUAAUCUUGACUAUGAGACCACCAGGGAUUUUAAGGAUGAGUCUAUCAAGGAUUUUAUUCAUGAGACGAAAGUCAUGUCGCAAGUAAAGGAAGCUGGGGCAAAGAAUAUUAAUAUUUUCAUCGAAGCUGUUUCGAUACAUUCCCAACUAUGGCUGGUUAGCGAAUAUUGCCCAGGGGGAAGCAUCAAAACUUUAAUGCGAGCAACUGGUGAUAAACUGGAGGAGAAAUUUAUCAUCCCAAUCGCUCGAGAAGUGGCUAUUGGUCUAAAGGCAAUCCACGACGCAGCUGGUAAUAUUCUAAUUCAUGAAGAGGGAAAUAUUCAAAUCUGUGAUUUUGGCGUUGCCGGCGUGCUUCAAAGUCAGCGUGACAAACGUUCAACCUGGAUUGGUACGCCGCAUUGGAUGCCACCAGAGCUAUUUCCCAACAAGCCUGGCGAUGAAGUCCAUCCGUACGGUAAUGAGAUCGACGUUUGGGCCUAUGGCUGCACACUUUUCGAAUGCGCCACCGGUAAUCCGCCCAACGCGACUCUGAGAGAAAGAAUGCAAAUUGGUCGCCAGCUCAAUCGGUUUACCCCAAGGCUUGACGGAGACAACUACUCAGAAGAAUUAUGUGGAAUUGUUUCAUACGCGUUGGAUGCUGAUCCUAGAACCAGGCCUGCUAUGGGCGACAUCCUUAACCACCCAUACAUUGCUGACUCCGAGCAAACUCACCCAACUGAGAGUUUAAGAGAGCUAGUGAAGAUAUACUAUCAGUGGUCUCAGCGUGGAGGCCAGCGAAUAUCACUUUUCAACCCCGGAGGUGCUGCAGCUGCAGAAAUGCCUGGGACGAGGGGGCCUGACGAUGAUGAAGCCUGGAAUUUCAGUACGACUGAAGGGUUUGAGAAGAGAUUUUCAAUUAUUGAUUUGGACCAGCUUUCUGCCUCUCUUGCCGCACUAGAAACCGAGCAGCCUCCAGAACCGAAUUAUACCUCCUUCGACCAAUUUAAUAUCGAGCCCGAAGAAAGGGAACUCACGGCCGAAGAAAAGGUCAAUUUCGACGAAAGAGUAAAGAGAGGAGCUGCCGCCAUGGAGGGACUUUUCGACGAAGCAAAGCCAAAGUACAAGUAUGAAACGAAAAACGACUUCGUCCCUGUGGAGCAAACUCGCAAGUUCACCGAUUUACCAUUGAGGACUGAGACGGAUAGGUCAUCUGUCGCCUCUACCUUCAUUGACAUUAAUCUUGGAGUCUAUGAUUCGUCGCAUUAUGCCUCAGCAUCAGGGUCUGCUAAUCCCCCUUUCCAGCUUGCCGAUGCUGAUACGAUUCGCGCCCACCGAUCAAGUAGCCGAUCAUACCGCGCCGCCUCUAUCGCGGGAAGUGAGCCACAGGACGAAUUCCCGCAACCCCGUGGCCCGCGUCCGCCAACUAUGGACUGGAAAUUCCCCACAACAGCCACUAGCAUUGAGGAACAUGAAAGCCCAAACCCAACGGAUGACGACAUUGCCCCACACGAUAUCGAGCCUCUCGAGCAGCGCGAAGAAAAGCGGGAUACCAGGGCUUGGACGUUUCCAGUCAUGACAGUUGAAGAAGACGGGCCAGGAGAUGAGCCAAUUGACGAGACCGCCCAUGCAGAUACCCUAGGUGCCUGGAGCUCGGAUAAUGAAAGCACCACUGCUCAGGCGAUGUUUCCACUUCAGCACUCGCCCUCCGUUCUUAAUAGGGCCACCAGCAAACUGGGCCACCGCGUUAUGGAGUCUGAAUCACGUCCGUCUACUGCAGAUUCCAUGCAGUCCUCAGUCUCUGAUGCAGACUAUGAUCCAUUCCGACUAGACCGAGAGGCUUCAACAAGUGGCCCUGGGAAUCAUACCCAAAGACAGGGCCUAGCAAAAGCACCCCCAAUAAAAGAGCCAGACUACUCUUAUUUUCCUCAGGACUAUACAUAUAAUAACCACCAUUCUAGUACGAACAUGGCUAAUGGCUAUGAGGAGAACCAUGUUGAGAGUGUGGCCCUCAUGAAUGGAAAUGCGCAAGCGCCUUCCCUUUCUCGAUCAGAAAGUUCAUCAAUGUAUUCUCAAAACGGAAGACAGCCGCCAAACACCGCCCCAGCAGCCGAAAGUAACGCAGUAGGCCAUUUUCCAGAGCCGAGACCUCCAACUGCAGAGUUGGAUCGUUUAUUCGGGGAGCUUAUGCACGGGCUAGCGGCAACUGGGGAGGCCAUCCAGUCCAUGGAUACGGCAAAGGCCGCGGAGAGUGAUGUGCCACCGCGAUCACCACUGCUUGUAUCGCGUCGUGGCGGCGAUAUGUGA